AUAAUGGAAGCAGCAGCAGCACCCGCCCCACAUACGGCCAUCGGCGUGGGGGGUACGCCGGUUGGUGCUGUGGAGCCGGGGGCUGAUGGCAAGACCUGUGUGACCCAGAAGGUGCUGUCGGUGUCGGCGAACCUGGUGCAGCUGCUGCCGACGGGGUCGGUGAUGGCGUACCAGAUACUGGCGCCCUCCUUCAGCAACCAGGGCAAGUGCUACCCAUCCAACUGGUGGAUCACACUCGGCCUCGUCGUCCUGCUCGCCGCCUCCUGCGUCUUCUUCGCCUUCACCGACUCCGUCAUCCACAAAGGUAAGGUGUAUUACGGAAUUGCCACGUACGAGGGUCUCAACGUAUUCAACAUAUCAAAGAAGGAUCAGGACAAGGAGUUCGAAAGCAUCAAGCUUGAGCUCAAGAAGCGCCAUAUCAAGAAGCAGGACUUUGUUCACGCCUUCCUCACCGUCGUAGUCUUCCUCACCAUGGCCUUCAGCGACGUCGGCCUCCAGAACUGCUUCUUCCCCAAAGCAGGCACCGACGCCCAGCAGCUGCUCAAGAACCUGCCACUAGGAAUGGCGGUCUUCUCCAGUCUAGUCUUCACCAUCUUCCCAAGCAAAAGGAACUUCAUCGGAUGCAACGACCCAAACAGUGACAGUCACAUCGACGUCGCCAAAGUCGUCCCUAAAUCACCAUCCAGUUCCACUGCUACAACUCGGUGCCCUACAUGUCCUCCCUAACCAACUUACAGAAAAUGUAUUGCGUCUUCCAUUU